AUGCCUAGGCAAAAGGGUGUCAAGUUCCAGCAUCGGAACGGCAAUGGUAAUGGCAAUGGCAACGGAAGCCAUCAUCGUCGAUCAAGCUCCUCCACCAUGAGCGAUACUGCUUCCGAACCACCGAGUCCUUCCAGAGAGAACCACGACAAUAACGUGAAUGGUGAUGUGGUGAAAAGCGAAAAGCCAGCAGAAGUCUCAGAAUACGAGAAGAAGAAGCAAACCUUCAUCACACGAAUGAUAUGGACACUGGUCAUGAUCGCUGGUUUCUUUGGCUCCAUGUUUGCCGGCCACAUCUACGUCCUCAUGAUCAUAACCGCUGUCCAGAUCAUCUCGUUCAAGGAGGUCAUCGCCAUUGCUCAGGUGCCAACUAAGCAGAAGAACCUUCCCUUGACCACCUCUCUGAACUGGUAUUUUCUGGCCAUUACGAUGUACUUUCUCUACGGAGAAAGCGUCAUCUACUACUUCAAACAUAUACUUCUGGUGGAUAAGGUCUUGCUGCCCUUUGCGACCCAUCACCGCUUCAUUAGCUUCAUGAUGUACAUCUUCGGGUUCAUCUCCUUCGUUGCCUCAUUGAGGAAAGGGUAUUAUCGAUUCCAGUUCGCCCAGUUCGCUUGGACUCAUAUGGCCCUCUACUUGAUUGUCGUGCAAGCGCACUUCAUGAUGAACAAUGUGUUGGAGGGCAUGAUCUGGUUCUUCCUUCCCGCUUCUCUGGUCAUCACCAACGAUAUUUUCGCAUACAUCUGCGGCAUUACGUUCGGACGCACUCAGCUCAUUAGUCUUUCGCCCAAGAAGACCGUCGAGGGAUUCGUGGGAGCCUGGAUUUGCACAAUUUUCUUCGGGUUCGCACUUACGAACGUCCUGAUGCGUUACAGCUACUUCAUCUGCCCCGUCAACGAUCUCGGUGCCAACGUUUUCACUGGUCUGCAGUGCGACCCGAACCCCGUUUUCAAGCCCUACCCCUAUAAUAUCAAGGGCUUGACUGGCUUCGACUACACAUUUUACAUCUCGCCCAUGCAGGGCCAUAUCCUUGUGUUCGCGACAUUCGCCUCGCUCAUUGCUCCGUUUGGAGGUUUCUUCGCGUCUGGCCUGAAACGGACAUUCAAGAUCAAGGACUUUGGCGACAGCAUUCCCGGACACGGCGGCAUGACAGAUCGUAUGGACUGUCAAUUUAUCAUGGGUCUCUUCGCCUACAUGUAUUAUCAGAGCUUUAUCGCCGUCUACAAGACCUCCGUGGGUAGUGUCCUUGAGACGGCUAUCAUGGGUCUGUCUCCAGAGGAGCAAAUUGAGUUGUUGAAGAGACUGGGCUGGUAUUUACAGGGUCAGGGUAUUGUGUCAACCAAGGUUGAGCAAUGUCUAUCUGGUGUGCUCGGAAAAAAGUGA